AUGAGUGGGAGACUACUCUCCCGCAGCGCUGCGCUGCUCUCACGCAGAACGGUUGCGCGCCAAUUUCAAUACUUCGGCGUCACAAGAGCCGGGGGCCUUAUCAACCCCCAGGGCAACGCCUACCUACGUGUGAGAUCAUGGCCUCUAGGAACGAAUGCCAUUCACAAUGUUCCGGCGGUCAGGACGAUUUCCUUUGCGCGCGUGCUGCCCAAGCUUGCUCUGAAGCUUGCUCGCAUACCUGCUAUGUUUGGAGGUGCAAUGAUAGCAGGCCUUGCAUAUAUUCAGUAUCAAGCAGCUCAAGCCGGAAAUUAUGCAAUCGAUGUGAUAAAAUCAGCCGGUGAAACUGCAGGUGGUGUGGCUUUGGACGCGCUUCAGAGCCUUCGAGAUAUUGCGGAACAGACGCAGCAGGGUAUCCAAAAUACGCGGGAUAAUAUUGAAGUACCGGAAUGGGUGCAAAAAAUUCUCCGAAUGAACGAAUAUGCUGGCGGAUCUUCCGGCGACGGCGGCAGUGGUGGGGGAGGGUCCCCAAAGAAGAGCAAUGCCGGAAUUGCGAUGGCUAGCGCUGCCGCUGGCUCAGGCUUGGGAUUCGAUUCGGAUCAGGAAAAUAGGAGCGCUGCUAGCUUGGCUUUGGACGAACAAAUGAUGACCUUGACCCGGAAAAUGAUCGAAAUCCGAAACAUGCUGCAACGUGUCGGCCAAUCCAACUCGCUGACAUUACCGUCAAUAGUGGUAAUUGGAUCACAGUCAUCAGGCAAGAGCUCAGUGCUUGAGGCCAUCGUUGGCCAUGAAUUCUUACCAAAGGGAUCUAAUAUGGUCACCCGUCGUCCAAUAGAGCUUACUUUGGUCAAUACCCCUGAUGCUUCUGCGGAGUAUGGAGAAUUUCCGGCUCUGGGCUUAGGAAAGAUAACAGAUUUUAGCCAAAUUCAGCGCACCCUGACUGAUCUAAAUCUUGCAGUUCCAGAAAAGGACUGUGUCAUGGAUGAGCCGAUCCAACUUUCGAUAUACUCUCCUCACGUACCUGACCUUUCUCUCAUCGACCUUCCUGGUUAUAUUCAGGUUGCUGGCCGUGGCCAGCCUCAUGAAUUGAAACAAAAAAUAUCCGACCUUUGUGACAAGUAUAUCCAGGCUCCGAACAUUAUACUAGCGAUUUCGGCUGCGGAUGUUGAUCUGGCUAAUUCCACAGCUCUAAGAGCUAGUCGGAGGGUCGACCCUCGUGGCGAAAGAACUAUCGGAGUCAUCACCAAGAUGGAUCUUGUCGACCCUGAAAGAGGCGCUAGCAUUCUGUCGGAUAGGAAAUACCCAUUACGCCUGGGAUAUGUCGGUAUUAUCAGUCGGAUUCCACAAUCUGCUGGCCUCUUCUCCCGCGGAAGUGGAAAUAUUUCAAACGCGAUAGUGAAGAAUGAGAAUGCAUACUUUAGCGCACACCCACAGGUGUUUGGCCCCGAUAGCGAAUUGCUUGUGGGUACAAGUGUCCUCCGAAAGAAACUUAUGCAAACUCUGGAACAAAGCAUGGCGUCUAACCUUGCCGGAACUCGCGAUGCCGUUUCUCAAGAAUUGGAAGAAGCUACAUACGAGUUCAAAGUCCAAUACAAUGACAGGCCUCUAAGCGCUGAAUCAUAUCUUGCCGAGAGCUUAGAUAGCUUCAAGCGUUCCUUUAAGGAGUUUAGCGAGGGUUUCGGGCGGCCACAAGUUCGGGAGUUGUUGAAGGCUCAGCUGGACCAGCGUGUUUUAGAUAUCCUGGCUCAGAGGUAUUGGAACAAGCCGAUAGAUGACAUCUCGCCAGCUCUACCAGAGGUUGAUCCUUUAAGCAGUCUACCUACCUCAAACCCAGAUUCCUUAUAUUGGAGGAGAAAACUUGAUGCUUCUUCAUCGGCUCUUACCAAGUUAGGAAUUGGCCGACUCGCUACGACAAUUGUUGCAAAUUCAUUGCAGAGCCAUAUUGAUUCUCUUGUGGCCUCGUCAACUUUCAACGCACAUCCCUACGCACGGAAAAUCAUCGAGGAGGCUUCUACCACCAUACUCAAUGAUCGAUUCUUCAGUACGAGUGACCAGGUGGAGAAUUGCAUCAAGCCUUACAAAUUUGAGAUUGAGGUUGAUGAUAUGGAAUGGUCUAAGGGUCGAGAAAAUGUGACCAGAAGUUUGAAGGAAGAGCUAAAGGCAUGCGAAAAUGCCCUGAAAAAUGUUGAAAACACAGUUGGAAAGCGGAAACUCAGGGAUGUUAUGUCAUUCGUGGAUAAAUCACGAAAAGGAGACGUUAACGUUGAGGGCGAUAAUACCGGUGGUGCCGGAGGCUUUAGUGCAUCAUUGAUUGAGCAGGCUCGUAAUGCUACCUUCCUACGAGAUAGAGCCGACAUUCUGAAGAUGCGACUUCUCGCCGUUCGCUCUAAACAAUGUUCUUCUAAGAAAAACCGGCAUUACUGCCCCGAGGUGUUCCUGGAUGUCGUUGCCGACAAGCUUACUUCCACCGCCGUUCUUUUCCUCAAUGUUGAGCUACUCUCUGAAUUCUACUACCACUUUCCUCGGGAACUUGACCUAAGAUUAGGUCGUCACCUAUCUGAGGCAGAGGUAGAACGAUUCGCCCGUGAAGACCCGCGAAUCAGAAGACAUUUGGACGUGAUCCAGAAGAAGGAAAUGCUUGAGCUAGUUUUGCAGAAGAUUGAAAGCCUGCGGCAACUGGAAGGGCGCAGCAAAUCCAAUUCCCAGCAAGCGUCUACUACGAAGGAGCGUGCAAAGGGAAGCUGGCGUCUAUUUUAA